UAAAAAUAGGAAAAUUAUCUGUGACAAGAAUUUAUUUUUUACUGAUAAAUUCGAGAAAGAACCAAAAUCAUCUCUGCAGGUUUGUUUUCAUCCGAGCACUCGCUACCAAUCUCUUCUUGAGUGUGUCCUGCUCGCAGGACGGUCAGUAGUGACCAUGGCACCUAAAAGGAACAAUAUUAUUCCGAAUGCCCACUUUCAUAAGGAUUGGCAGCGUUAUGUACGCUGCUGGUUCACACAGCCCGCGAGGAAACUACGCAGGCGAAAUAAGAGGCAGAAGAAAGCAAGAUUAGUGGCCCCAAGACCUUUGGGAAAACUGAAGCCCAUCAUCACCUGCCCAUCCAAUAGAUACCACAUCAAGAAACGUUUGGGGAAGGGCUUCACUUUGGAAGAACUUAAGGGAGCAGGUCUGAAUAAACGUUAUGCCAUGACAAUUGGUAUUGCUGUAGACCAUCGCCGAACUAAUAAAAGCAUGCAAAGCCUACAGAGAAAUGUCAGGAGACUAAAGGAAUACAAGAGCAAGUUGAUCCUCUUCCCAUUGAAGGUCAACAAGCCCAGGAAAGCAGAUUCCUCUCCCCAGGAACUUUCUAUGGCACAGCAGUUGGUGGGAGAAGUCUUACCUCUUCAUCCACAGUCUAUUAAGGAAACCUCCAGAAAAAUCAGCAAGAGAGACAAGGCUUACAGCUGCUUCAAUGCCCUCAAGAGUGAAAGGUCAACUGCUCGCAACUGGGGAAAGCGCGCCAAGAAGGCACAGGAAGCUGCAGAAAGUGCUGCUGUUAUUGGUGGAGCCAAAAAAUAAUAUUAAAGUGGCAAAAAGAGAAA